UGGUGGCAACCGAUAGUAGCAACAGUCGCAUGAGAUGCUGCUACCAUUGGCGCUGCCUCCGUUAAAGGCAUGGCUGUUAUUUGAGCAAGCACGCUCGCAUACACACACCUGCUAGAAAUUUACGAUUAACGAAAUCUUAAAAGUAAAACAAAACAAAGGACAAAUUACAGUCACUGUUGUAUACGUAAACACUAUCGCGAAGAGAACGAUAAAACCAAAGUUGAAAAAGAACGAGAGCCAAUACCCUAAACUUCUAAUUUUAAAAAAGGAGGUUAAUAUAGUUUUUUUUAAAGUUACGAGUAAACAGUCCAAAAAGUGGAUUAAUGGAAUAAGUGAUGCGUCACCAAAGAAAAAAUAUAUAAUUGACAGAAGGUUACCGGCCACGUCUCAAGUCGAUAAAAAGUGAAUUAUUAAGACCAACAUGGGAUUAUUGACUGAUCCGCGGCAGAGACGACGGUUUGUUCGUAUAAUUUCACACUACAAUAACCGUCUCUGUGCCUUGUUUUAUAUCUCUGGACUAAUCUGGUUUUUCGGAUUAGCUUACAUCCAUCUUAAUGCAGGAACAUACUUUUCUGAAAAUGCUUUAUUACCUGGUUUAGUAGAAGGUAACUUUUAUUCUGAUUCUGAUGUCAAGUUUUACAAGAAUGAAAUAAAAAAAGCAAUGGACAAAGACAAAAGUCUGCUGUUACGUGACUGGCUAUUUUCAAAGUUUGAAGAACUUGGCUUAGAAGUUUAUUUUCAGAAUUAUUCUGUUCAGUAUCCUUUACAGUUGCUUGGUGACCAGAAAGUCCCUGGUCAAAAUGUUUAUGCUAUUUUAAGGGCUCCUCGUGCUUCAAGUACAGAAGCAGUGGUUCUUUCUGUCCCUAUACGAUCUAAGAAUAUGAUCUCUAAAACACUGACUGAUACCAGUGGAGGAAUUGCUCUCAUGCUGGCUUUAACCAAGUUCUUCAAAAAACACACCUUUUGGGCUAAGGAUAUCAUUUUCUUGCUCACACAGCAUGAGCACAUAGGUAUUGAAGCAUGGCUUGAUGGUUAUCACCAAGUACAGUCUUCAAAAUAUGUUUUUCCAGGAACUUUAUGGGGUCGAAGUGGGUCAAUUCAAGCUGCUCUUAAUUUAGAGAUCCCCCUUGAGAAAGUAGCUUAUUAUAACAUCAAGAUGGAAGGCCUCAAUGGUCAAUUGCCAAACCUUGAUCUUGUCAAUCUAGUUGUGCGUCUUUGCCGGCGUGAAGGUGACUCUGUGAGGCUGCACAACCAGUAUGACUAUUAUGAUCCGGAUUCACUAAAUGGAUUCAAACAUUCAUUACUGACUAUGCUGCGUAUGAUGAAAACUCAAGCAUCUGGAUCUCCUUCUGGGAACCAUGGCCUAUUUCAUCGCUACCAUAUUGAAGCUGUCACUCUUCAAGGUGUAUCACGAGCAUUUGGGCAGAAAACAUCAGAUUUAAUGGUAACUGGUCGGAUUGUGGAAGGCAUAUUCCGUAGUCUCAACAACCUUCUUGAGAGAUUCCAUCAAUCCUUCUUCUUUUACUUAAUGCCUGCUACCAACCGGUAUAUCUCCAUCGGAUUGUAUAUGCCACCUUUCAGUUUAAUGACAGCUGCUGGUUUGAUCAAAGCCAUUUCUUUGUGGAUUGGUUCUGAAAAGCCAAAAGACAAAAAUGAAAAGAAGCCACAAAAAAGUGAUUUAAAUUCUUCCAAGCAAGAAAAAGAUGAAAAAGAACAUGAAACAGAGAAGCAAGAAAAUGAAAUAGAGAAAGAUGACAAUGAAGUAAGUCAGUCAAAGAAAACUCAAGAGAUUUCUUGUGAGAAGAAAGAAGAAGAUCCGUUGGAAAAAUUAUCUAAAGAUGUAAAUGAUAUUGAAGUUGAUGACAGUUUGAAAAAUGACCCAGAUGAGGUAAGUAGCAAGAACUGUUUUGGGUAAUAACUGUAAUAGCUG